AUGGCGGUCAACGGCACGAACGGUACCACCAAUGGCACCAACGGCACCAACGGCACCAAGAAGACCAACGGUCACAGUGUAACCAACGGGGCUAGAGCAUACCAUGCCGCUUCCACCCAGGAGGCCAUCCAAGCCGAGAAGGACUUCGCCGCCCACAACUACCAUCCUCUCCCCGUCGUCUUCGCUCGGGCUCAGGGCACCUCGGUCUGGGAUCCCGAGGGUCGUCACUAUCUUGACUUCCUGUCCGCAUACUCGGCUGUCAACCAAGGCCACUGCCACCCCAAGCUGGUGGCCGCUCUCGUCGACCAGGCGUCGCGGGUGACUCUGAGCUCUCGUGCCUUCUAUAACGAUGUCUUCCCACGCUUCGCUCAGUUCGUUACUGAGUACUUCGGCUUCGACAUGGUUCUGCCCAUGAACACUGGCGCAGAGGCGGUCGAGACCGGUAUUAAGAUCGCUCGUAAGUGGGGAUACAAGGUCAAGGGUAUCCCAGAGAACAAGGCGGUCGUCCUGAGUGCGGAGAACAACUUCCACGGACGUACGUUCGCGGCCAUCUCCCUGUCAUCUGACCCCGAGUCGCGUGAAAACUAUGGCCCUUACCUGCCCGGUAUCGGCUGCACCAUUCCGGGAACCGACAAGCCCAUCGCAUACAACGACAAAGCUGCUCUGCGGGAGGCCUUUGAGAAGGCGGGUCCCAACCUGGCAGCCUUCCUGGUCGAACCCAUUCAGGGUGAAGCCGGUAUCGUCGUUCCGGACGAGGACUAUCUGCAGGAGGCACGUGCGCUGUGUGAUAAGUAUAACGUCCUUCUGAUCUGUGACGAAAUUCAGACCGGUAUCGCUCGGACCGGUAAGCUGCUCUGCCACGAAUGGAGUGGCAUCAAGCCCGACCUGGUCCUGCUGGGCAAGGCCAUCUCGGGCGGCAUGUAUCCCGUGUCGUGCGUGUUGGGUCGUAAGGAUGUCAUGCUUACCAUCGAGCCCGGUACUCACGGAUCGACCUACGGCGGCAACCCCUUGGGCUGCGCGGUGGCCAUUCGGGCUCUGGAAGUGGUUCAGGAGGAGCAGAUGGUCGAGAGAGCCGAGAAACUUGGUCAUGUCUUCCGCGAUGGUUUGAAGGCCAUCAAGAGCCCGAUCAUCCAGACCGUGCGCGGUAAGGGUCUGCUCAACGCCAUUGUCAUUGACGAGUCCAAGACCAACGGACACUCGGCGUGGGAUCUCUGUAUGUUGAUGAAGGAGAAGGGCCUCUUGGCCAAGCCAACCCAUGAGAACAUCAUUCGUCUCGCUCCACCCCUCGUGAUCACCGAUAAUGAGAUCAAGAAAUCCCUGGAGAUCAUCGCGGAGGCCGUGUCGGAGCUUCCCCACCUGAAGGGUGCCGCCGAGGAGCAGGUGAUCCCUCCCCCGGAGAAGAAGGUCAAGAUCAGUGUUGAGAACUAG